CCCUCUUAAAACAGGCACUGUGACCAUCGUGAAAAUGGAGCUGCAGAGUGAAGUGGGAGAGAUAUACACUGCUGGAUCAAAGAAUAUUCUAAUCGACCAGCCAAGGAAAGAUAAUCUUUUAAUAAGUGGAUAUGAUCAAUUGCCGAGUCCAUCAGCCAAUGUAGAGGUGUCUGAGAAAAGCAUGAAGAGCCUUCCCAGUGAAGUUAUUCCUCAGUCGGGAUCAGUUGUUGAUGAAUCGGAAGACAGCGAAGAUGUAAAGAUGAUGAGUGAAGAACACAAGAAAUGGCUGCAGGUCAACCGUGUGGAGUUAGUGCAGAAUUUGAUCCCGGAUGAGGUAUCUGAUCAUUUGUUGGGGAAGAAUGUAUUAACAAUGUCUGAAAAGGACCGAAUCAAAGCUGAAGGAGCGUCCAUGAAUAAAAAACUCAUUGAUACAAUCAUGUGCAAACCGGAUAAGGCUUUCUUUGUGUUCGUAGAAGCCCUGAAGCAAACUAAUCAACCCCAUUUGGCCAAUUUGCUGUCCCCUGCAAAGAAGCGAAAACAAGUGUCUGGUGGAGAAAAUGCCAAUGCAAAAAGAAUGGUCAUGCAGGUGAGUCAGUUGAUUUCAUUCUGA